GUUGUGUCCGGUCUCUCCCGGUACUGGGAGGAGUCACGGUGCAGCGGAGCAGACGUGGCAACAGAUGACGUCAUCAGAGUGCGUCGCUGGUUUGUUCAUGGUAGCGGUGAGCUAGUCCGGCUAGCAGUGAAGAUAUAAAAGCAGGAAGAUGAUGGAAGAGAGCGGGAUUGAGACCACGCCUCCUGGCAGCCCUUCACCUCCCCCGACUGUCGCCGCUACGGUCAGCAGCCCCGCCAUGACCACAGGUCCGUCCCCGCCUCCAUCCCUCCCCGGCACCACCUCCAUCCCCCCCUCGGUCUCCCCCGCCAUCCCCUCCCUCACCUCUGGCCCUCCCCUCCCAGCUUUCAGCAGCCCGCUUCCCUCCCAGUUCCCCCCUCCCUCCUCUCUCUCCUCCCCCUUCACCAGCAGCUCGCCCUUCCCUCCCUCCGCCUCCCCCUCUGUGCCUCCCCUGGCCUCCAUCAGAUCUCCUCCUCCCCCCAUGGCUGCCGCCGGCAUGUCGGCCCCCCCUGUGGGCCCCAUGUUGUCCGGCUUCUCCAUGAGCGCAGGAUAUGACAUCACAAGAGGUCAUGCCGGGCGGACGCCGCAGACGCCGCUGAUGCCGACGUUCUCCAGUCCGACCGCCAUGCCAGGCGUGGUGACGAACCCGAUGGUUCAGCAGCCAAUGAUGUCAGGAGGAACAGAAGCUGGAUCUCCAAUCACGUUUCCAGAAGAGCACGAAGACCCCAGAGCAGCCGGAGACGCCAACACAGGAGGAGGGCUCUGGGGCUUCUUUAAGGGAGUGGCGGGUAACCCGAUGGUGAAGACGGUCCUGGAUAAAACCAAACACUCGGUGGAGUCCAUGAUCACCACCCUGGACCCCGGCAUGGCUCCGUACAUACGAUCUGGAGGAGACGUGGACAUCGUGGUGACGUCAGAUAAAGAGUCGCACGUGGCGGCGGUCAGAGAAUCCUUCCAGGAAGUGUUUGGGAUGGCCAUGGUGACCGGGGAGCCGGGUCAGUCCAACAUCGCCCCCCAGCCUGUGGGAUACGCCGCCGGUGUCAAGGGCGCUCAGGAGCGUAUUGACAGCCUGCGCCGGGCGGGUGUGAUCCACGAGAAGCAGCCGGUGGUCUCUCUGGAGAACUUCAUCGCUGAGCUGUUCCCUGACAAGUGGUUUGAUAUGGGCUGUCUGAUCCUGGAGGAUCCUGGUCACAACAUCCGCAUCGAGGUUUUCACCCAGGCGACUCCUGUCUCUCUGGAUCACAUCCAACAGGCCCAGUCCAUGACCCCCCCGGACUACAGCCUGCGCUGGUCGGGUCUGAUCGUGACGGUGGGCGAGGUUUUGGAGCGCAGCGUUCCCAACAUCAACAGGACGGACUGGCACCAGGCCAUGACGGGGAUGAGCCAGCGUCACAUGAUCCAGAGCGCCGCCAAAGCUUUAGCCGGCCUCUACAAACAGCAGCUGCCCCCCAGGACUAUGUGAGGCUGACGGACCCCAGUUUGAGCCUCGUACUGGGAGGGGGCGGGGCCAGGUGGGAGGAGGAGCCAGCUGAUUGGACAAUGAGGUUCCUCAAAGCUCCUCGUCUGUCCUCGAAAAGCCAAACGAACUUUUGUUUGAAGGAAAAGAUGUUUGACGUUCCAGCGUGAGAAAUUAACAACCGAUCAUUCUCCUUAAACAUUACUCUCUUCCUCUGCGCUCAUAGCUAAACUUUAUCACACUGAUGUGGAAAUAUUUACUCCUCUGUCUCUGGACAGACUCUAACAUGAACCGUGUCCCAGUUGUUGAUGCCUAAUAUUCUCCUAGAGAUGUAUGAAUAAAAAAUACCUGAGUGAGCUUUGA